GUACAAAGUACACUCUGUAACAAGUUACGAAUGCAGCCCUGCAGGCUAAAGUUUUAUCCAUCAAUCCAUAUUCCACUAUACUGUGUACGGUAUUAGUUACCAAGUGAUUUACGAACGCACCCCGAAAUAACGUACUUGAUGUGUCAAUUAAACGUCAUAGUCUGUCAAUUAAUGUUCACCCUAUUUAUAAACAAAUACAAUAAUACAAUAGCUAAAAACAAAACUACUAGUUAAAUGAUAGAUACUAUCAGAAGAUGGCUUUAAGUAAUAUUUUGCUCAUAAGCCAAAUUGCUGGUUAUGUGAUUGCGUUCAUUUUGGCGCUAUGUGUGGUGGUUCCUAUGAGUUUGCACCAGGAUGACUUCAGAGGCCACUGUUUGCUUUUUUCCACUGGACAAUGGCAAGAAGCUGAUGGACAAUUAUUAGUACCAUGGGCAUCACAGUGUUACUGCAAUUUUACAAUUACAGUUGGAGCUAUGUUAGCAUUAGUCUCUGUCAUCCAGAUUUAUAGGUUGUCUCACCACCUCUACAAAGGUACAGAUAGCAGUUUUCUUUCUGCUUUCAUUGAUGUUAUGUCUGGCCUGCUACUAUGUGGAAUAACAAUAAUAGCUGCUUUAAUGAUUACACUAGGAUUCAUGGCUUGGUGUCAGACUAUGACACAAAGGUUUCCAUCAUGCGAUAUGGCAGCAGGACAAGACAUAGACCAUGCAGACCAAAUAAAAACUGACAAUUUCUAUGUUCAUUUAGGCACAGCACAGUUUGGUGUAUGGGGCUCUUUUGCCACUUGGGUGGGUCUUUCAGUGUGUGCUCUGCUGAAACUCUGUCGCUACCACCAGCUCGAAAAUAUACGCGUGUCAAUGUACAGGGAGAGACAGCGUUUGAUCAACGAGAAUGCUGACUCACCGGGUAGUAGUUUGGGUCGAGAGUCUAACGCAAGCACAUCAACAGCACCUGCAGCACCUGAGUGAUUGAUACACCGAGUGUUAAGGUACCCAUACCUGGUGAUAUGCGCAAUAAUCCACAUUUCUUUGCUACUACAUCAGGCGGUGUACCAGUUCGUAGGUGUUAUUCCUUGAUGUGAUUUCAUUGUUUUAGAAACCUGUAUUUAAGCAGAUAGUUCUAUUUUUCGUUAUUGUUAAAUUAUUUACCUUAUGUAAGUGACAUAUUCUAUAAACUCUAAGUACGCUAAAUUACUGUAUUUCAUUCAAUACAGAUAUUCCCG